AGAAAAAAGCGCGGAAACUCACCUUGUCCUUUUUGCCCCCAAAUCCUUCGAGGUAGCACCACGCAGCUUCGUUCAUGGCAUCCGUAUCUCCUAGAUUUGCCGCCGUCUCGUAAUACUGCCUUGCUGCAACUUUGUCGACCGGAACUCCCCAGCCGUGGCGGAAGCAGUUUGCCAACUCGAAGAUUGCAAGCACCAGCUCGCCCUUGGCGGCGCCUCCCUUUUUCAUUCCGGCUUUCAAAGCAUCAGAUUCAAUGGUGGCAGAGUUGGACGCUGCAGCUGACAAAUAGGUGACUGCUUUUGCAGGAUCAGGCUCACAGCCCCAGCCAUGCCGCAGCGACAGGCCGUAGAGGACUUGGGAUAAGACGUUGCCUGACUCUGCAAGUUGGUGGAACAUUUCGGUUGCCUCCUUGAGGUCACCAGACUCGUGGAGCUGGAUUGCUUUCUGGAUGUCAAUGUCGCUCUCUGGGUCGUUUAUGCUUCGAGGCCGCGAUGGAGAUUGCCCAGGGAGGCCCAAAUUGAGCGUCUCUAGCUCGCCUGUCAAAGAAUGAGCUGGCAUGGCAGGGCUUUUGCUCGCCAAAAUGGUCGCACGUUCCUCCCACUUCGCUUCUGUCUCUUGACGAUCACCAGAUUCGGCAUAUGUUUCGUCAAUUUCGGGGAGAUCAGAAGGCAGAUUGACCGAGCUCGUGCUCGCAGAACGAUCCCUAUUCAGAUGCAGCCGCUCAGACAGGCGUCGAUGUUCCUUCUUUUCUUUCUCUGGGGAAGACACGUCGGCAGCACCGGGACUGUGGCUCUUUCGGAAUCGACCAAAUGAGCGUCUCGAUGGAGAAGGACUCUUGGGUUCGACGGACGCAGCGAGCUCUGGGUCAUCCUCAAAUCCAGGAGGCUUGAUGUAUUCUUCUGUAUGCGUGUCGGUGCGGACAAAGGUGAAUUCGGUCGCCUGAGGCAGGGGAGGCGGUUGAAAAGCGACAUCACUAUCGAUCUUGUCCUUCUUCUUGAGCAAGUCUCUCAGAGGCAUUGUAGGCGGUAGCGGUGGAUGGGGGAGAGUCUCUAGGGUGGAAUCGACACAGAUUGUGGGGUGGGUGGAAGGGCUUUUGAGGAAGAGCUGGCGGGCGAAGGUGGUCAGGAGAUGCUGCGAUAUUGACAGUACCUCUUAAUAUGCAUGCAGGACUUCCACAUGAGGAUGCGAGGCAGAAGAGUUGGAUGCGACUGCGUUGCGGCUGUGCGAGCGGUUACUGGCGAGCUGGGGGUGAGAUUGGCAGUGGUGGCAGCGUUUGUUGGUGUCUUGGAAGGGGGAAUUUGACGGCGUGUCUUGAGGCAUGGCGGUGCACGGGGGCCUAAACAACCACCCCGACAGCUACCUAUUUCUCUACCUACAAUUCACCAUUCCCACAGCUGCUAGAUGGCGAUCAUGCGCUCUGGUGGCCAUUGAGCGUUCAAUCAGUUCUGCGCCCGGCGCAGCCUCCUGCUCUUCAAUCCCCCUUGCAUCCACGGCGCCAUAUUGUUGUUUGUGACACCCACUGACAGGCUUGGGUUCCCUGCCAGGGAUGAAACAUUUGGCUCGAAGCAGCCAAGUGAGGGGCAGUGAGCAAUGGCCACGCUGCCCUGCUGAGAGAUUGGCGAAGUCGAAUACUGGCGAUCUAGCAACCUACUUUUUACCUCAUUCCUCUCCGUCCUCCCUUUGCCAUCACUUCUCUGCCAUCUGUUCACUUGGACCUCAAUCUCAGGAGCUCCCUCUCCAGCCUAGCCAUGCAGCUCCUAGAUCUGCCCAAGGAAAUCCUAGAACAUAUCUCGUCGUAUCUGCCCCCUGCGGACAUUGUCCGUCUGGGUCGAACUUGCAAGGCUGCACAUGACUUUGUGCGUCCUCAAAACCAGACUCUCUGGAGAGCUGCAUUCUUGCAUGUCUUUGAUGAUCCGAAUGAUGCUUGGUCCAUGAUGCCCGGCCACACGCCACUGGCAACAGAGCGCCAGUGGGAUUGGCACCAUGAACUUUAUACAAGACUAAUGGCGCUGCGAGGUGUCCAGUCAAAACAGUGUGGGUUUGACAGUCAGGCUGAAGCCUAUCUCACCACCCUACUCGACAUCCGCGACACGGCCAAAUUCGAACUCAAUGCUCGGGACAUUGCUAGUGGCAAAGUUCCCCGAGAGGACGACCGGACAACUUCACUGAACCUCCAAGUCCUCUCCGCCCUGACCGCCCAUCGAGAUGGCAUCGAAAGUCUCAUCCACGAUACGGGAAUGCAGAGGACGCUGCGGCACGCCAGAUCUGACGAGCGUCUGUUGGGUGCGACACUGCGGUUCACCAGGAGCAUGGCCGCGAGCACAAAUGACCAGAACCGGCCCGAAUCCGCCUCAAGGCUCCAUGUGUUUUACGGUCUGACUACUCGUGAGCGCAUCGAGCACCGGGCUAGAGGUGCGGCCAGGCGGAAAGUGUACAAUUGGAGUAUGAGCGGACCGGACAAUGAAUACAGCCCCUUUCGGCGAGAUGGCAGCGGCACGGUCGACUGGUCGCUCCUCGAGGCGAUAGUCAGCGUCAUCAGCCGCAACUUUUCCAUGUGUGUCGAAGGCCGCCUCGCCCUGCCUCAAGGUUUCUGUUAUUCUCUGCCGCACCGUACACUGGCCGACCCGACCAGCCCCAAUGACUGGGCCCGGGUCACCGGGACGUGGCUGGGGACUUACUCUUGGAUCGACCACAAUGACCUCGUCGCAUUUAACACCUGGAAUAAUGACAUCGCCACUCAGCCGACCCUGGACGACGAACCCGAAGACUGUGGCGAACUGAUGAGGCUCGAACUCCGGCUCGACGACACCGUUGCGUCAGAUCCACGCCUGGCGACAUCGCUUCCCGCGUCUACUGACCUACCCGUGCUACACUUCUCUGGCGUUUCCCACAGCCACACCUCGAUGCACCGCCCGGCCAUCGGAGUCAGAGGUUGUGCGAGCCUUGUCCCGGGUGGACGAGAGGUAAGGUGGAAAUUCAUCAUCAACUACGCCGGCCAUGAUCAGUGGCAGUUGGAAGGUGUCCAGCCAGGGGGCAUCAGAUCCGGGGGCGUGUUUGGGCUGUGGACGCAAUGGGAUCAUGACGAGCUGGGCCCUAUCGGACCCUUCUGCUACUUCCCGAGGGAGCUGUGCAAGCCAACCAGCGUUGUGUUGGCUACUUGAUGUGCAAUGAACGAGCGAGACGAAGUUACGACAUUUGACCUUUACAUCAGGCGAUUUGUGUCCUCCAGAGCCUGCACCAGGAAUCGCUUGACGAGUGGUUCCAAGGCCAUGCCACGCGCUGCUCCCUCACGUGGUCCUUGACGGUCCGCCAUGAUCUAUCGUCAUCAGUUCCGGGAUAACUUAGAGAUCGCCAUGUCCUCACAUUUGCAUGGGAUCAGCCGGGCCCGACGUCGAAAAGCCGACACUCAGGAUCGCCCGUCCUGGGGUCUCGGUACCCCCUUUGAGCAAGCACCAUUCGAUAUAUCGGCCAGACUCGUUCAAUUUAUCGUCAUUCCAUAUACAAUGCAGCUUUUGUCUUCUCGGUGCUUGGAUAGCUAGUUGGUCUUCAGCGAGACACAUGGUCGGGAGGCAAGCAGGAAGUCGCUCUUUCGGCACAUCGGAGUCCGCGAAGUUCGUUUGUAAGAACAGACGCUAUAGAAAACUGGCAUAUACUAGCCUUGGGCAGCCAUUGUUGGAAUCUGUCCGAGCAUUGGAUGUUGGAUGUUGGAUGGGAGUGGGAGUGGGAUGUAUCAUAUGUAGCAUUCUCGUUGUCAAAGGGUCUUGGGAAAGUCGAGGUGACGGAGUUUGAGAGUGACGGGCAGAAACUCGCAGGGCAUGCAUGAUGUUACGAAGAUUUUCGACUCCCAUCCCCUUUCCGCGCAGGCAAUGCCAUACCAUGGCUCGCGGCAAAUAUAAUCUUAGUCUCCUUC